AGAACAGCAGAACAAAACAGGACCACGUGAAACAAAUACCAGCAUCAAUCAAAUAAUCAAUUUUAGCAUCAAUCUUUGGAAAUUCAGUAGAUUUGUGUUGAUUUUUUUGUGACUUUUGUAAAAUCCCAGCUAUAGAAAAUGCCUUCACUUAACUCACUUCAGAGAGUAAGAAAACCGACUACGAGGAAGGGAAAGAAAAUUUUGCUAGCCAAGGAACCAAAGGUUGUUGAAAACUUCAAGAGAAAGAUUUUCCUAACUGGUCGACGAGCCAGCGAUGCACUAAAAAACUGCAGCAAAGAUUUGUACAAAAUUAGCAAACCAAAUGCUGUAAUUUUGAGCAAGAAAAACGACAUCCUUCCCUUCGAGGAUAUCACACCAAUUGAGCGAUUCUGCAGGAACCAUGAGUCGUCUGUUUUCUUUUUCACCUCAUCUAACAAGAAAAGACCCAACUCGUUAAUUAUUGGAAGGUUAUUUGAUGGAAACUUACUGGACAUGGUCGAAUUCAGCGUGAAUGACUACAAAAGCUUGGACGAGUACUCGGCCAGCAUUCCAACAAACACAAAACCUUGUCUGGUCUUCAGCGGAGAGCUCUGGGAGCAAAGCCAAGAGCUGCAGAAGGUCAAAAGUCUGCUGGUGGACGUAUUCCGAGGCGAGGUCAUCGAUGCCAUUCGUCCGCAGGGACUCGAGCAUGUGCUCAUGUUUACAGCCACAACUGAAAGCAUUCUCAUGAGGAGUUACAAAAUUCUUUUGAAAAAAUCCAGCACCAAGUUGCCGAGAGUUGAACUUGAAGAUUUGGGUCCUCACGUUGAUUUGGCACUGAAAAGGGUCAAGUUUGCCUCAGACGAUUUAAUGAAGAGAGCGUGCAGAACUCCUCAAGAGGCAAAGUCAAAGCCCAAGAAGAACAUCAGCAAGGAUGCUUUGGGCACGACCCAUGGACGUGUCCACAUGGGCAAACAGGAUGUGACCACCAUUCAGACGAGGAAGAUGAAGGGUCUCAAAAAGUCUGCCGCGGAGAAAAAGGUGGCCAGGAAGAAGAAGGCUGCUGCUUGAAUAACAUUAAUGCUGCUAUGUUACUUUUGACCUUCUAAUUAAGAAAUUAUGAAACUAAUAAAUACUGCUUUAUUAAUUAAAAUCCUUAAAAUAUAUAAGCCAAAAGUUUUUUUAAAACAAAAAUUCCAAUUGGAAAUAAAACCAAUAUUGAAUUUAGA